AGGCAGCAAUGUGGGAGGGGACCUCUGGCUUUGUCAGAGAGAAGUUAGCAGCAGGUUAGCUACGUCACUGUCUCACACUUACAAACACUUAUUUUACUUUUACUACACUUUAAACUUUCUCACCGAGGUCCAUCCUUGGAACCUUCCAGUCGGAAUAGAGGAGGAAGGAGCAGGUCAACUAUGAUAACGUCGGCUGCUGGAAUUAUUUCCCUUCUUGAUGAGGAGGAACCGCAGCUCAAGGUGUUCGCGCUACAGAAGCUGGACCACCUUGUCAAUGACUUCUGGGCUGAAAUUUCAGGAUCUGUUGACAAAAUCGAGGUUUUGUAUGAAGAUGAGACGUUCCGGAACAGAGAAUUUGCCGCUCUGGUGGCCUCUAAGGUUUUCUAUCAUCUUGGUGCCUUUGAGGAAUCUCUGAACUACGCGCUUGGUGCUGGAGAUCUCUUCAAUGUCACGGAUGACACCGAAUAUGUGGAAACCAUCAUUGCCAAAUGCAUUGAUCAUUACACCAAGUUGCGUGUGGAGAAUGCUGAGCUGCCAGAGGAUGAAGAAAGGAAAAGUAUCGAUCCUCGCCUUGAGGGUAUUGUCAAUAAGAUGUUCUUACGUUGCCUAAACGACCACAAGUACAAGCAGGCCAUCGGCAUUGCCUUGGAAACUCGACGCCUGGACAUGUUUGAGAAAACCAUCUUGGAAUCGAAUGACGUCAGUGGCCUUCUUGCUUAUAGCCUGAAGGUGUGCAUGUCCCUCAUGCAGAACAAAAAGUUCCGCAAUGAGGUACUGCGGGUUCUGGUCAAACUCUACAUGAACUUGGAGAAGCCUGAUUUCAUCAAUGUCUGUCAGUGCCUGAUAUUCCUGGAUGAUCCUCAAGCUGUUAGUGACAUCUUGGAGAAGUUGGUUAAGGAGGAAAACCUACUGAUGGCCUACCAGAUCUGCUUCGACCUGUAUGAAAGUGCCAGCCAGCAGUUCCUCUCCUCUGUCAUACAAAACCUGAGAACUGUAGGAACACCUAUCCCAGCAGUUCCUGGCUCCACAAAUACAGGCACGGUUUCUGCUCCAGCCAAAGAAAGUGAUGCAAUGGAGACCGACGACAAACCUGGCAGCUCUCCUGCAGGAAAACAAGCAGAUACGAAAGAAGAGCCCAAAGACCAGAACGCCAAGAUGAUCAAAAUCCUCAGUGGGGAGAUGGCCAUUGAGCUGCACUUGCAGUUCCUCAUUCGAAACAACAACACUGACCUUAUGAUCCUCAAAAACACAAAGGACGCGGUCCGAAAUUCAGUGUGCCACACGGCGACAGUCAUAGCCAACUCUUUCAUGCACACAGGCACCACAAGUGACCAGUUCCUCAGAGAGAACCUUGAAUGGCUUGCAAGAGCCACCAACUGGGCAAAAUUCACAGCCACAGCAAGUCUUGGUGUCAUUCACAAGGGCCAUGAAAAAGAGGCGCUUCAGUUAAUGGCUACGUAUCUGCCAAAGGACACGUCGCCUGGCUCUGCCUACCAGGAGGGUGGAGGUCUAUAUGCGCUUGGCCUCAUCCAUGCUAAUCAUGGUGGAGACAUCAUUGACUACCUGCUCAGUCAGCUGAAAAAUGCCAGCAAUGAUAUCGUUCGCCAUGGUGGGGGUCUUGGCCUGGGUCUAGCCGCAUUGGGAACUGCUAGACAGGAUGUUUACGACCUUCUCAAGUCUAAUCUCUACCAGGAUGAUGCUGUCACUGGUGAAGCUGCUGGCUUGGCCCUGGGUCUGGUCAUGUUGGGCUCCAAAUCAGCUCAGGCCAUUGAGGACAUGGUGGGUUACGCACAGGAGACACAGCACGAGAAGAUCUUGCGUGGCCUGGCAGUGGGAAUUGCUCUUGUCAUGUAUGGACGCAUGGAGGAGGCCGAUGCCCUCAUUGAGAGUCUCUGCAGAGACAAGGACCCCAUUCUGCGGCGGUCUGGAAUGUACACCGUAGGCAUGGCCUAUUGCGGCUCGGGGAACAACAAGGCUAUCCGACGCCUGCUCCACGUCGCUGUGAGUGACGUCAAUGAUGAUGUCAGGAGGGCCGCUGUCGAGUCCAUUGGUUUCAUCUUGUUCAGAACCCCUGAGCAGUGUCCCAGUGUGGUGUCCCUUUUGUCAGAGAGCUACAACCCUCACGUUCGUUGUGGUGCCGCCAUGGCUUUGGGCAUCUGCUGUGCCGGAACUGGCAACAAGGAGGCCAUCAAUCUGCUGGAGCCCAUGACCAAUGACCCAGUCAACUAUGUGAGACAAGGUGCUCUCAUUUCCUCUGCCCUCAUCAUGAUCCAGCAAACGGAAGUAACCUGCCCCAAGGUAAACCAGUUUAGACAGCUCUAUGCAAAGGUGAUCAACGACAAGCACGAUGAUGUUAUGGCUAAAUUUGGUGCCAUCUUGGCCCAGGGAAUCCUUGAUGCAGGGGGACGUAACGUGACCAUCUCUCUGCAGUCCAGGACUGGUCACACGCACAUGCCAUCAGUAGUGGGCUUGCUCGUCUUCACCCAGUUCUGGUUCUGGUUCCCCCUCUCCCACUUCUUGUCCUUGGCCUUUACUCCCACUGCCAUAAUUGGCCUCAACAAGGACCUCAAGAUGCCCAAGGUGCAGUAUCGUUCCAACUGUAAGCCGUCUACCUUCGCAUACCCACCAGCACUAGAGGUUCCCAAGGAGAAAGAAAAGGAGAAGGUGUCCACUGCUGUUCUCUCCAUCACAGCCAAGGCAAAGAAAAAGGAAAAGGAAAAGAAGGAGAAAGAGGAGGAGAAGAUGGAAGUGGAAGUGCAGGAGGUGGAGAAGAAGGAGGAGAAGGAGAAGAAGGAUGAGGAGAAAGAGAAGAAGAAGGAGUCAGAGCCUAACUUCCAGCUCCUGGAGAACCCGGCUAGAGUGAUGCCAGCCCAACUCAAAGUCCUCAACAUGCCAGAGAGCUGUCGCUACCAGCCCUUUAAGCAGCUGCACACAGGCGGCAUCAUCAUCAUGAGGGACACCAGCGAGGAAGAGGAGGAGCUAGUGGAGCCCGUCUCAGCUCAUGGCCCCAAAAUUGAGGAGGAGGAGCAAGAACCCGAGGCGCCUGAGCCCUUUGAGUACAUUGAUGAGUAGGAGAGGUAUUUCAAUACACCCAUUUCCACAUCUUUCUCCACGGCUCUUACCCUUUGGCCUUUUCACCCGUUCCCCCUAUAUCGACUUGUCCAUACAAUAAAAAGUGAUCUAUAACAGAA